CUUAAACCCUAACGAAAAUGAAGAACCUCAUCGUUCUCAGUUCACAAAAGUCGAUCAGAAGCUUCGAGUAGUUUAGAAUCAGAGCGACGCAAAUAUGGAUCGCCGCAGAAACCCUAGGAAGCCAAAGAGGAAGAACAAGAAUAAGGGAGAUGCGUCUUCUUCCUCGAUACCAUCGAUACCAACUAGGGUUUGGCAGCCAGGUGUCGAUAAGCUUGAAGAUGGGGAAGAGCUUCAAUGCGACCCUUCUGCUUAUAAUUCCCUUCAUGGGUUCCAUGUUGGUUGGCCCUGUUUGAGUUUUGACAUUUUAAGCGAUAAAUUGGGUUUGAACCGAACUGAGUUUCCUCACACAUUGUAUAUGGUGGCUGGGACUCAGGCUGAGAAAGCACCGCAUAACUCCAUAGGAAUGUUUAAAAUCAGCAACGUAUCUGGUAAGAGACGCGAUGUAGUUCCCAAGACGGUAGUGAAUGGUGAUGAUAUGGAGGAGGAUGAUGAUGCUGACGAUAACAGUGACAGCGAUGAAAGCGAAGACGAAGCUUCCAGGUUGCUCACCAUGGAUGUGUUAACCGUAUACGUGCAAUGCCACAAAACGCUCAUAUCUGCGUCUCUUGGGGAGAUUCUGGUGUGGGACAUGAGCUCUCAUCUUAAUGCUUUAGCCGAGUCAGAGACAGAAGGUAAAGAUGGAACUUCACCGGUUCUUAACCAAGCACCCUUGGUUAGCUAUUCCGGCCACAAAAAUGAAGGCUAUGCUAUAGAUUGGAGUCCUGCAACUGCCGGAAGACUUCUUUCCGGGGACUGCGACAGUAGGAUUCAUUUGUGGGAGCCAGCUUCUGGUACAUGGGCUGUUGAUCCUGUUCCGUUCGCCGGACACACUAACAGUGUUGAGGAUCUACAAUGGAGUCCAGCUGAAGCUAACGUGUUUGCGUCGUGUUCUGUGGAUGGGACUGUUGCAGUCUGGGAUGUCCGAGUUGGGAAGUCGCCUGCAUUGGCUUUCAAGGCACACAAGACAGAUGUGAAUGUCAUCUCAUGGAACAGGCUGGCUAGUUGCAUGUUGGCCUCAGGGAGUGAUGACGGGUCAUUCUCUAUCCGUGAUCUUAGACUGAUCAAGGACGGAGAUGCUGUGAUAGCACAUUUUGAGUACCAUAAGCAUCCUAUCACGUCUAUUGAGUGGAGCGCUCAUGAAGCCUCGACACUUGCAGUCUCGUCCGGCGACAACCAGCUCACGAUAUGGGAUUUAUCUUUAGAGAAGGAUGAGGAAGAGGAAGAAGAGUUCAAAGCGCAGACCAAGGAACAAGUCAACGCACCUCAAGACUUGCCUCCUCAGCUUCUCUUCGUUCACCAGGGACAGAAGGACUUGAAGGAACUUCACUGGCACAACCAGAUUCCAGGGAUGAUCAUCUCAACUGCUGCUGAUGGUUUCAACAUCUUGAUGCCUUACAACAUUCAAAACACUCUUCCUGAUCUCGCUGCCUGAAAACUUUUAUAGUUUUGAGUUUUGUAUUGCCCACUCUCUCUCUUUCUCUUCGUUCGUCCUUUGAAUAUUUUUCAAGAACUAUUCACUUUCACAGAUGUUUAUUGGUUUACUUUCUAUUGUGACAAUAUUUCAUAGACAGUUUUGAGAAAUAUUCUCUUCUCCAUCGCUAUAACAAGUGGUCAGUAAAUGAAAAUUUUAUUUUAGAAUCA